AUGACCACCGAAAACGACAUGGAAAACUUGACGUAUGGGCUCCUGUCGCCAUCACCACUUCUGCAGUUGUCCUGCACCAUUGAACAGAUAUGUGCCCCGCUAUUGGCCAAUACAAAUAAUCAUCAGAUGUGGCCCCGUCUACUGUCCCAGGACGUGCUCCGACACGUGGAGAGGAUCUGCAGUAAGACGGCGGUGGUGCAGGGUCAGAUUCAAGGGAAGACUAUCCUCCCAAUCCCCAUGGCAACUCAGUGGCUGGAGAAGCCCCUCAGCCAUAUGCAAAUGGCCGAGAGCUGCAACAGGUCACUCACCCACACCAUCGAGACGCACGUUAUCAACUGGUCCAAUCAAAUCCACAAAACUCUGAUGGAGGAUUCAGCAGACAUUCUGAAGACGGACAGUAAAGCAGGGCCCUGGGCAGAGCUGAAGUUUUGGGCUUCAAGAAAGAACAAUAUAACAGGCAUUUAUCAACAGUCUGCAGUGUACCUCUCUGAAGACGUGCUCCUCAGGGAGGAUACAGAGGAAAGUUUUCACAUGGUGCAGAAAGCCAUCAACGUUUUCCACAGUUUUAAAGAAUAUUAUCACGCUCAGAGACUGCACCUGGCUGACAGCAGGAGUCCUGUUCCCUGGGAUUUCCCUUCUGCUCUAGUUUUCGCUCGUUUCAACAAGUUCAUCAACCGCUUGCAACAAAUUGAGGAUGUACUGGGAAUCAUGCUGGACUUUGCGAGAAUGGAGAAGCUAGAAUUUGGCGGCGUGAAAGGCAAACUUUACAAUGACAAAUCCAAACAGCUGCAUGCAGAGUUUUGUAACCAUUGCCAGACAAUUAAACACACCACAAACAACCCCAUGGACUGCGACUCAAAGGGUUUUGAGAAAGAUUAUAGCGCUUUCAAAGAGAAAAUUGUGGACUUUGAGUGUCGCCUGGGCACUGGUGUGGAUGUGAUGGAGGAGCACCACAUGUACACGCAGAUGUCUCUUGUCCUGGACCAGUUUGUGGAUAAACAUCACUCUGAAUGGUGUGAUGGUCUCGAGCAAACAUGUCUAACCAACCUGAAGCAGCCGCUGCUCAUCAGAGACCUGUCAUCCGGACUCAUCACCGUCAACUUCAGCCCAAGGAUGAUGGAAAUUCUCAAAGAUGUGAAGUACAUACAGUCCCUGGGUAACAUCAGCAUCCCAGCAGAGGUCUUGACGGUUUAUGAAAAGAGUGACAUGUUCACAAAGUACAUCAGCAGUCUUCAGCUGAUGGUCCAGGACUAUAAUAAGUUGAAGCAGACAGUUUUGGACGUGGAGUUUCCUCUGAUCAGAGCCAGAAUAGAAGCUGUGGACUCAGAGCUGGGGAGGGCAGAGAUGGACCUGACGUGGCAGGACUCCGGCUGCUGGAGCUUCAUCAGUGCCACCAAGGAUCUGGUCCAUGAUCUGGAGCAGAGAGUCAGUAAAAGCAAAGAAAACUGCCAGAUGAUCCAGAGCAUGAUGAAGGUGUGGGGCAAACAGGCCAUGUGCUUCAGAAAAGACAACAGGAAAAACUCUCUGAUCCACAUCGAGGAGCGAGCCGAGUAUGUGAGGAGAACCAACAGCAGCGUGAAGAAGGACAUGGAGCUCAUCCAUCAGCUGGUUCAGGAGAAUGUAGCGUUGCUGAGUGCUGAUGCAGCCUCCAGAGAAUGUGAGCUAUAUCUGGAGUACAUGGACGAGAUGGUGAUCGAGGGCUUCUUCAGCUACAUCCGCCUCUCGCUGCAGUUUCUCCUGGACAACAUGGAGUCCAGGCCUUUCCACACGCCGCUGUUCGAGGCCCAGCUGCUCCUCCGCAGCUCCGAGCUCACGUUCGUCCCGUCGCUGGAUCCAGAGGCUGGGGACGGCCUGUACGAGAUGGUCGAGAGCAUGAUCGCAGACGUAUUCAAGAUUUCAGCAAACAUCAGCAGAGUGGCAGGACAUUUGAACUUUGAGAGUUACCAGGAGGUGAUGGAUAAGAUGGUGGAUCUGUCGGAGCUCAGACAGGAGAUAAUGGAGCGCACGGGAAACGUACUGAAGACAGCCAUCCAUUUCCAGAAGAACUUUGAUUGCUACUCCCACCUGUGGCAGGAAGACAGGGCCGAAUUCCUCAACCAGUUCCUGCUGUUUGGACGUGUGCUCACCGCAGAGGAGAUGGAGGCUUUCCACGCUGAUUUACUGCCACAAUCCUCCCCGACCAUUGAUACAUUUGAGGAGCAGAUAAAUUACUAUGAAGAUCUACACGUGGAAAUGUCCAAGUAUGAGGACUUCAAAGUGUACGACGGAUGGUUUCGAGUUGACAUCAAGCUGUUCAAGGCGACAGUCCUCAACAUUAUCAAGAAGUGGAGCUGGUUAUUCAAAGAGCACCUUCUGAGAUACGUCAUAAACAGCCUGAAUGAGUUGGAAGAAUUUAUCCGGAGCACUAUGGAAGGACUUGGCUUUCCUGUGCUGAAAGGAGACAGCUCUGGUUUGGUCAAUGUCAUGAGUCAACUCGUAGCUGUGAGAGAGCGACAGAAAAGCACUGACAAAAUGUUUGAACCGCUCCAACAAACGGUCACUCUUCUGGAGAGAUCCGGAGUCAAAAUACCAGAACACGUUUACUCCCAGCUCGAGGAUCUGCCAGAGAAAUGGAACGAGGCUAAAAAACUGGCCCUAAAAGUGAGACAUGAAGUGGCUCCUCUUCAAAACAUCGAAGUGUUGGUUUUGAGGAAACAGUGUGUGGAAUUUGAGUCGGAGAGAGAGAUCUGUGACAUGGAGAAAGCUUUAGCUCGUCUGCAGGAAUCCACAAACCUGUUCGACGUCACCAUCCCCGAAUACAGAGAAAUCAAACAGUGUCGUCACGAAAUCCAAGUCCUCAAGGAGCUGUGGGACAUCGUCGUUUUUGUGCGGAGCAGCGUGGAGAAAUGGACACUGACCAAAUGGAGACAGAUCAACGUGGAGCAGAUGGAUGUAGAAUUGCGGAGGUUUGCCAAGGACAUGCGGCGGCUGGACAAAGAGGCCCGCGUUUGGGACGUGUACUCUGGGUUAGACCUCUAUGUAAAGAACCUGCUGACGUCCACCAGGGCGGUCAGUCAGCUGCAGAGCCCGGCCAUCAGGGAGCGCCACUGGGUACAGCUGGUCAGGAUCACCAGAACGGUCUUCAGCGUGACCGACGACACCACACUGGAAAACCUCCUGGCCUUGAAGCUCCAUUUGUUCGAAGAUGAAGUCCGCAGCACAGUGGACAAGGCAGUCAAAGAGAUGACCAUAGAAAAGAUCGUGGCUGAAAUAAGUCAAACAUGGGCUGCGAUGGAGCUCUCCUACGUGGAGCAUUACCAGACCCCCAUGCUGCUUCUGAAAUGUGACGAGCAACUGAUUGAAACGCUGGAGGAUCACCAGGUCCAGCUGCAGAACGUUUUUCAGAGUAAGCACGUAGAGCACUUCCUGGUCCAAGUGGUGACCCUCCAGAAGCAGCUGAGCGUGGCCGACUCGGUGCUCAUGGUGUGGAUGGAGGUGCAGAGGAUCUGGGCGUACCUCCAGAGCAUCUUCAAGGACUGUGAGGACAUUCGCCAACAGCUGCCACAGGACGCUCUCCGGUUUCAGAUCAUAGAUGCAGAGUUUCAGACUUGUGUUCAUCUUUCCAAACUGUUUGACAACGUGGCUGAUCUGGAGUUUGUGAAAAACGAGCAUUUGGAUAAUCCUAAACUGGCCCUGGGCAUGUACAGCAAAGAGAGGGAGUUUGUGCCUUUUCCCACCGAGUGCGUCUGCUGUGGACCAGUGGAGGUGUGGCUCAGUUCUGUGGAGAGGUCCAUGAGGGGCAGUGUGAGAGCGCAGCUGUCUGAGGCCGUGGCCACAUAUGAGGACAAGGCCCGGGAGCAGUGGGUCCUGGAUCUCCCGGCACAAGUGGCUCUCACCGGCUCCCAGGUCUGGUGGAGCAACGACAUGCAGCUGGUCUUCAAACGCCUGGAGGAAGGCUUCGAAUCCUCGCUCAAAGACUACAACAAGAAACAGGUUUCCCAGCUGAACUCCUUGAUUAGCAUGCUCCUGGGAGAGUUGAGUCCUGGGAAUAGACAGAAGAUCAUGACCGUAUGCACCAUUGACGUCCAUGCGAGAGAUGUUGUGGCUAACCUCAUUGCUCAAAAGGCCACCUCCUCACAAGCCUUCCAAUGGCUUUCCCAACUCCGACACUGUUGGAAGGACCAAGUAGGGCACUGCUUUGUCAACAUAUGCGAUGCCCAGUUCCAGUAUUCUUAUGAAUAUCUUGGAAAUACCCCACGUCUGGUUGUUACUCCACUCACGGACCGGUGCUACAUCACUCUAACACAGUCGCUUCACUUGACCAUGAGUGGGGCUCCGGCGGGUCCGGCCGGGACAGGGAAAACGGAGACCACUAAAGAUCUAGGCCGAGCUUUGGGCGUCAUGGUGUACAUCUUUAACUGCUCUGAACAAAUGGAUUAUAAGUCAAUAGGAAACAUCUACAAAGGCCUGGCGCAGACGGGAGCGUGGGGCUGCUUCGACGAGUUCAAUCGAAUAGCUGUGGACGUUCUGUCAGUGGUGGCCGUGCAAGUCAAAACCAUUCAGGACGCCAUUCGCACCAAAAAGAAAAGGUUCCUGUUCUUGGACACAGAAAUUGCCCUGAAUCCAUCAGUGGGAAUUUUUAUUACAAUGAACCCUGGAUAUGCUGGGAGAACAGAGCUGCCCCAGAAUCUCAAGACUUUGUUCAGACCUUGUGCUAUGGUGGUGCCUGAUACAGAGCUCAUUUGUGAGAUUAUGCUGGUCACUGAGGGCUUCCGUAGUGCAAAGAUUUUGGCCAGAAAGUUCAUCACGUUGUACUCUUUAUGCAAGGAGCUGCUCUCCAAACAGGACCAUUAUGACUGGGGUUUGCGAGCAGUGAAGUCAGUCUUAGUGGUGGCAGGAACAUUGAAAAGGAGAGAUUACACACGACCAGAGGAUCAGGUAUUGAUGCGUGCUUUGAGGGACUUCAACAUGCCUAAAAUUGUGACUGAGGACAUAUCCAUCUUCCUGGGCCUGCUCAGUGACCUUUUCCCACGUCUGGAUGUAGAGAGGGAGAGAGAUUUGGAGUUUGAGAAAAGCAUUCGCAGCAGCAUCCUUGAGCUUCGCCUUCAGCCUGAGGAGACAUUUGUCCUAAAGGUGGUGCAGUUACACGAGCUUUUGGCAAUACGACAUUCUGUGUUUGUUGUUGGAAAUGCUGGAACUGGGAAAAGCCAGAUUCUUAGAGUCCUUCAUAAAACCUAUGUAAACUUGAAGAAAAAGCCCGUCUGGAGUGACCUCAACCCAAAGGCAGUGAACACAGAUGAGUUGUUCGGCUUCAUUCAUCCUUCGACUCGCGAGUGGAAAGACGGCUUGUUCUCGUCUCUGAUGCGGGAGCAGGCCGCCCUCUCUCACCCCGGGCCUAAGUGGAUCGUGUUGGAUGGAGACAUUGAUCCAAUGUGGAUAGAAUCCCUCAAUACUGUAAUGGAUGACAACAAGGUCCUGACUUUAGCCAGUAACGAGCGCGUGCCUCUCACCUCAUCAAUGAGACUGGUGUUUGAAAUCAGUCACCUCCAAUCAGCCACUCCUGCCACCGUCUCCAGGGCAGGAAUCCUCUUCGUCAAUCAGAACGACCUGGGCUGGAACCCGUAUGUUGCAAGCUGGAUUGACCAGCGGGAACGGCAGACCGAAAGAGCACAUCUCACCAUAUUGUUUGAAAAGUAUGUGCCCCGUUGUCUGGAGCAAGUGAGGAACAAGUUCAGGACCAUAACUCCUCUUCCUGAGAGCUCCAUGGUUCAGACGCUGUGCUGUUUGCUUGACUCUCUUCUAACUCCAGAAAACAUCCCUUGUGACUCUCCACGGGAAGUUUAUGAGACAUAUUUCACUUUUGCGUGCAUUUGGGCUUUUGGUGGAGCUCUUCAUCAAGAUCAGUUGUGUGAUUACCGCGGGGAGUUCAGUCAUUGGUGGAUUAAAGAAAUUAAGUCCGUAAAGUUCCCAGCUCAGGGGACAGUUUUUGACUACUACCUUGACCCACACACCAGAAGAUUUUUGCCCUGGUCCGACAUCGUCCCUGCUUUUGAAAUGGAGCCUGCUACGCCAUUACAGGCUGUUCUGGUGCCCACGGCGGAGACCGAGUGCCUGCGGUACUUGGUGGACUUGUUGCUGAGGAGGAGACGGCCGCUGAUGUUGGUGGGGAGCGCGGGAGUGGGGAAGUCGGCUCUCGUCAGGAACGCGUUGGACUCGCUCGAGCGCAGUUAUGUGGCUGUGAAAGUGCCACUCAACUACUACACCACCGCUCACACGCUGCAGAUGAACCUUGAGCAGCACUUGGAGAAGAGAACUGGGAAAACCUACUCACCGGUCGGGAACAAGAGGCUGAUUUAUUUUGUAGACGACGUAAACAUGCCGGCUGUAGAUGCUUACGGCACAGUGCAGCCUCACACUCUGAUUCGCCAGCAUCUGGACUAUGGUCACUGGUAUGACAGACACAAACUCAGCCUUAAAGAAAUACACAACACUCAGUAUAUUGCCUGCAUGAACCCCACUGCUGGAAACUUCCAUAUUAACCCCCGGCUACAGAGGCAUUUCUCAGUGUUGGCCAUAAACUUGCCCUCGUCCGAUGCUCAGGUGUCUAUCUUCAGACAGAUCCUUGUGGCCCACAUGCAGCAGCAGGGGUUUAGUUCUCUGGUUCAGAUAAGUGCUGCAGCUGUGGUCCGCGCCGCUGUAACUCUCCAUCACAAGAUGCUUAACAGCUGUCUACCCACCGCUAUUAAAUUCCACUACAUGUUCAAUCUCCGAGACCUGUCCAACGUCUUUCAGGGCAUGUUCUUAGCUGCUCCUGACACAGUGAGAGACUCCUCGGAUCUGGCUCGACUCUGGCUGCAUGAGUCCUGUCGAGUGUAUUCUGACAGACUGGUCGAGCACAACGACCUGCACCUCUUCCAAAGGCUGCAGACCGAGACUGUGCAUGAGUGUUUUGAGGAUUUGGAUAAGUCAAAGAUGACACAGCUGCCCCUGCUUUACUGUCACUUUGCUCAAAUGGACGGGGAGUCUUCGUACAGCCACAUGAGUGACUGGUCAGUGCUCAGGGCCUCCCUCACAGACGCACUGGAGAACUACAAUGAGCUCAACGCUGCCAUGGACUUGGUGCUGUUUGAAGAUGCCAUGCAACAUGUAUGCCGCAUCAGCCGGAUCCUGGCGGCUCCCAGAGCUCAUGCUCUACUGGUGGGAGUGGGAGGCAGUGGGAAGCAGAGCCUCACACGUCUUGCUGCUUUCAUUUCCUCCACAGAGGUUUUCCAAAUUACUCUGACAAAUGGAUACAGUAUCCAGGAUCUUAAGGUGGUGCUGUGUUUUUCUCCUGUGGGCAGUACACUUCGUACCAGGGCGCGCAGGUUUCCGGCCUUAUUCCAGUGCACUACCAUCGACUGGUUCCACCCCUGGACAGCGGAGGCUCUGCAGUCUGUCAGUCACCGAUUCAUUCAACAGAUAGAGGGAAUUGAGCCUGCUGUCCAGGAAUCCAUCAGUCUUUUCAUGGCCCAUGUUCACACCAGUGUCAAACACACUAGUGAAAAAUACCAACGCAAUGAGAAGAGGUACAAUUACACCACCCCCAAGAGCUUUCUCCAGCAGAUCAGCCUGUACAGACACCUGCUGGAGAGGAGCCGUGUCCAGCUCCAGGACAAGAUGGAACGCCUGGACAAUGGCCUCCAGAAACUACAGACCACCACGGCCCAGGUUGAAGAUCUAAAAGCCAAACUAGCAUCUCAAGAAGCCGAGUUGUCAAUUAAAAACCAGAAUAUUGAAGCUCUCAUUGCCAAAAUCGGUCAGCAAACAGAACGAGUUUGCAGCAAGAAAGAAGCUGCCGAUUCAGAGGCGGAGAAGGUAGCUGUCAUUCAGGCUCAGGUAGCGGCAAAACAAAAGGACUGUGAGGACGAUCUGGCAAAAGCAGAGCCCUCUCUCGCAGCAGCUACAGAAGCUCUAAACACCCUCAACAAGGUGAAUUUGACUGAGAUGAAAGCCUUCCCAAACCCUCCUGCAGCAGUGAUUAACGUAGCUGCAGCUGUGAUGGUGCUGCUGGCUCCACGGGGCCGGGUGCCAAAGGACCGGAGCUGGAAGGCUGCGCGGGCCUUCAUGGGCAAGGUUGAUGAUUUUCUCCAAGCCUUGACGUCGUACAACAAGGAGAACAUUCCAGACACCUGCUUGAGUGUGGUGAAGCAGGACUAUUUAAGAAAGCCUGGCUUCCACCCGGAUCUGGUUCGGACCAAGUCCACAGCUGCAGCUGGACUCUGCGCCUGGAUUAUUAACAUUGUUCGAUAUUAUGAGAUUUACUGUGAAGUUAUUCCAAAACGAGAAGCACUGGCACACGCGAACAUGGAAUUGGAAAUGGCGACAUCCAAGUUGAUGGCUGUUCAGAAGAAGUUAAUGGAUCUUGAUUCAACUCUUCAGAACCUUACAAAACAGUUCAAAAAAGCAACAGCUGAGAAACUGAGCUGUCAAGAAGAGGUAUCGCGCACCAACCAGACCAUUCACCUGGCCAACCGCCUGGUCAAAGGGUUAGAGUCGGAGAGAGAGCGCUGGUCCCGUGCUCUGGUGGUGUACAAGAAGCAGCAGCUGACUCUGUGUGGGGACGUGCUAAUCACCACAGCAUUUGUGGCUUACAUGGGAUACUUCCCUCUGCAAUAUCGCACUGAGCUUCUCAACAACAGCUGGAUCCCAUUCCUUCAGUCUAAAAAGGUCUCCAUACCCCUGACAGACGGCCUGGACCCGGUCCUCAUGCUUACAGAUGAUGCCACUGUGGCUGCUUGGCAUAACCACAGCCUGCCAAACGAUCGGAUGUCCAUCGAAAACGCUGCCAUCCUGACCACCAGUGAGCGCUGGCCACUUGUCAUUGACCCUCAGCAGCAGGCCAUUAAGUGGAUCCAAAACUGGCUUGGCUCAGAGCUGACUGUGGUGCAAAUGGGACAGAGAGGGUAUCUGACAGUUAUUGAAAAGGCUCUUGCCUGUGGGGAAACUCUUUUGAUUGAAAACAUCACAGAAAAGCUCGACCCGGUCCUGGAGCCGCUGCUGGGGAAAAAUACUAUCAAAAAAGGAAGGUACAUUCAAAUUGGGGGGAAAGAAUGUGAGUACAACAGUGGCUUCCGGCUCAUCAUGCACACUAAACUGUCCAACCCCCAUUUCCCCCCGGAGCUGCAGGCGCAGGCUGCACUCAUAAACUUCACAGUGACCCCUGUGGGGCUGGAGGAGCAGCUUCUCGGCCAGGUCGUGUCACGGGAAAGACCUGAGCUUGAAACACUAAAGUUGGAGCUAACAAUCCAACAAAAUCACUUCAAAAUUGAGCUCAAGAGGCUGGAAGACGACCUGUUGACUCGCCUGUCUGCGGCCAAGGGCAAUUUUCUGGGUGAUAUUUCUCUGGUUGAGCAACUUGAAAACACCAAGACCACAGCGGCCCUCAUUCAGCAUAAGGUGGUGGAGGCCAGGGAGAACGAGACAAAGAUCAACGAGGCCCGAGAGCUCUACCGCCCUGCAGCCGAGAGAGCGGCGCUGCUGUUCUUCAUCAUCAACGACCUCAGCCAGAUUAACCCCAUGUACCAGUUUGCCCUCAAGACUUUUAACCCAGCGUUCAACAAAGCCAUGGAGUGUGCGGAGUGGGACAAGGACGUGCGGAUCCGGGUGCACAAGCUUGCAGAAGCCAUCACCUACUCUGUAUUCCUGUACACCAGCCAGGGCCUAUUCGAGAGAGACAAGCUCACCUUCUCAUCACACAUUACUUUCCAGAUUCUCCUCAAGCAGGACAAACUCAAUAUCCAAGAGCUGGACUUCCUCCUGCGAUUCCCUGUGGAGCCCAGCAAAGUUUGCCCUGUGUCAUUCCUCACACCUCACAUGUGGGGAUGCAUAAAGGCCGUGUCUUCCCUGGAUCAUUUGAGUGGAUUGGACAGAGACUUUGAGACGUCCCCAAAACACUGGAGAAAAGUGGUGGAGUCGUGUUGUCCGGAGAAAGAGCGACUUCCUCACGACUGGAAAAACAAAAGUUCUCUUCAGAAACUGAUCAUCCUCCGGGCGCUACGUCCCGACAGAAUCACCUACGCUCUCAGAAACUUUGUUGAAGAGAUCUUGGGUCCAAAAUAUGUGCAGCAAACAAGAAUAGAAUUUGAAAGACUGUACGAAGACAGCAGCCCUUCUGACCCAGUGUUUUUCAUUCUUUCUCCUGGAGUGGAUCCACUCAAAGACUUGGAAAAACAAGGAUUGAAAUUGGGCUUUUCCAUUGAUCAAGGCACACUGCACAACGUGUCUCUGGGGCAGGGGCAGGAGGAGGUGGCAGAGAGGGCGGUGAAAUGUGCUUCUCAAUCUGGACAUUGGGUCAUUUUGCAGAAUGUCCAUCUGGUUGCGAGUUGGCUUCCAUCUCUGGAGGCUCUUCUGGAGACCAGUGGCAAAAGCAGUCACCCAGACUUCAGAGUGUUUAUGACGGGAGAACCAGCCCAGAGUCCGGAGCAUCAUGUCUUCCCCAGAGGAAUACUUGAAAACUCCAUCAAAAUCACUAACGAGCCGCCGACGGGAAUGAACGCAAGUUUGCACGCAGCUCUCAACAACUUCAGUCAAGAAACGUUGGACAUGUGCUCGCGGGAACAGGAGUUCAACCUGAUGCUCUUCUCCCUCUGCUUCUUCCACGCCAGUUUAAUCGAACGCUGUAAAUUUGGCCCACAAGGCUGGAAUCACAAGUAUCCCUUCAGCACCGGAGACCUCACCAUCUCCAGCAGCAUUCUGUACAACUACCUGGAGGCCAAUACAAAAGUGCCGUGGGAGGACCUGUGCUAUCUGUUUGGAGAGAUCAUGUACGGAGGCCACAUCACAGACGACUGGGACCGGAGACUGUGCCGCACUUAUCUGCAACAACUCAUGAACGUCAGCAUGUUUGAAGGUGAGCUGUUCCUCUGCCCGGGCUUCUCGUCUCCUCCGGUCACGGACUACAGUGGUUACCAUAGUUAUAUCGACCAGCAUCUUCCCUGUGAAAACCCCUCUCUGUACGGGCUGCAUCCCAACGCUGAGCUGGAGUGUCUGACCGUCACCUCUGACCGCCUCCUCCGGACUCUGUAUGAGCUGCAGCCUCAUGAGGCCAGUGGAGGAGAGGUCCAGCCCAGCUCCGAGGACAAGGUGAAGUGUGUGAUUGAAGACAUACUAGAUCGCCUCCCAGAGGAGUACCACAUGACCGAGCUCAUGUCUAAAGCUGCGGACAGGACUCCGUACACGUUGGUCUGUCUUCAGGAAUGUGAACUCAUGAACCGCCUCAUCGCAGAAGUCCGUAGGUCCCUGACUGAGCUGGAGCUGGGCCUCAAGGGGGAGUUGACGAUCUCGGCUGCCAUGGAGACGCUGCAGGCUGCUCUGUCCAGUGAUGUGGUCCCUCUCUCCUGGGCCAGACUGUCCUAUCCCUCCACCAAGACCCUGGCUCACUGGUUUAAUGAUGUGUUGUUGAGUUGUCAAGAGCUGGACAGCUGGACACAGGACUUUGUUCUUCCUGCAGUCGUCUGGCUCUCAGGGCUCUUCAACCCUCAGUCCUUCCUCACAGCUGUGCUUCAGAGCAUUGCCCGAAAGAACGAGUGGCCUCUGGACCGGAUGAGUCUGACCAUCGACGUCACAAAGAAAACUAAAGAGGACUUUGGACACCCGCCUCGCGAGGGAGCCUACAUCCACGGGCUUUUUAUGGAAGGCGCGCGCUGGGACAGUCAGGCAGGAGUGGUUUCUGAGGCGGUUCUGCGGGAGCUGACCCCCGCCAUGCCGGUGGUGUACGUGAGAGCCGUGCUGUCGGAGGAGCAGGAGCUGAAGAACACUUAUGAAUGUCCUCUGUACCGGACCAAACAGAGAGGAAGCACCUACGUCUGCUCCCUGCACCUGAAGACCAAGCAGCCUGCAGCCAAGUGGAUCAUAGCAGGAGUGGCCCUUCUCCUGUCGCUCUGA